UGGCCCUCUUGUCUUUCCCGCCAUGUCGUUCGUGGAGAGCGGGAGGCGCUCGGCUGCUCUGAACCGACGUCUCGACACCCCUGUCACGUUUUCCCGGCCGGCGUUUUCCGCCUUCGCUCAGGGGGAUAGUUGGGGUGAGGGUGAAGUGGACGAGGAGGACGGAUGCGACCAAGUGGCCCGUGAUCUGCGGGCGGAGUUCUCGACCGGGGCGUCGUCGGAGCCUAGAAAGGGUUCUCUGUUCCAGCGGGACGGGGACGGGUCUCCAGUUCUGCCCGAUAAACGCAAUGGCAUUUUCUCGGUGGUUGCGGGCGGCCGAGCCCAAGCUCGGCGGUGGCCGGUCCAGGUCCUCUCAAUUCUUUGUUCGCUGCUGUUCGCCAUCCUCCUCGCCUUCCUCCUCGCCAUCGCCUACCUGAUCGUAAAAGAGUUACAUGCUGAGAAUUUAAAGACUGAAGAGGACAUAGACACUGGGCUACUAGGAUUCUGGACUCUACUUAUAAUAUCUCUAUCUGCUGGAUUCUCCUGCUGUAGCUUUUCUUGGACAGUGACUUAUUUUGACUCUUUUGAACCAGGAAUGUUUCCUCCUACUCCUCUUUCACCUGCCAAGUUCAAGAAACUGACUGGACAUUCUUUCCACAUGGGCUAUAGCAUGGCAAUUUUGAAUGGCAUUGUUGCUGCUCUUACUGUAGCAUGGUGCCUCAUGUAAACCCACACUGAAGCAAUAUUUUUGGCAAAACUUAGUCAUGAUUGCUUUGUAAUAACAGGGAAGAACAUCAUUUCAUCAUUUGUCUACUCAGAAGACCAAGAAACCUGCUGUUAUGUGGUUCAGAUAUGUCAUACCAUCAUCAUUAUGGAGGACCUUCUUUUUUUUUUGUAAAUGGAGGACCUUCGUAAGCACCAUUCUAGAACUUAGACAUUGAGAAUAUCUGAGUAUUAAGUUUCAAGUAAUUUCUCAAAAAUGUAAGAUGUUUACCUCGUCUUUUUACUUUUGUGUGCAUUGUCCUUAUAAAUUAUAGAAACAUUUUAGUGGAAUUCAAACAUGAAAACUUGAAUAUGGGAUGUUAUGUAUAAUACUACAAUUUUGCUAAGAAAUACUAGUAGACUGUUUAAAUGAGAUAGAAAUACUUCUUAUUUAUUCAUGGUAUUAGAAAAGCAAACAAUGCCUACUACUUCGACAUUUUAUAGAAGCUACUUUGAAAUCAGAAUAUUUAGUUUUCAAUAGUCAUAAUCUACGGAAGGUGCAU